AUGCUGGUGAAGCCGGACCCAACCGGCGCUAACCCCUCCCUCACUCUUCCACCGGCGACGGCUUGCGGGAACUGCGGUGCCGAAGAGCGUCGCCUCCUCCACCACGUCCGCCACCGCGGGAUCUUCCGCCGCCUAUGCACGAGCUGCGUCCUCCGCCUCCACCCGCAGUCUUUCUGCCCCACCUGCUUCCAAGUCUACCCCCCAACCCCCUCGCUCGACGCCAUCGCCACCUGCUUCAAGUGCUACUCCUCCUCUCACUCUCACUGCGUCCGCCCCGGUGGCCCCACUCCCUACGUUUGCCCCCUCUGCCUCCACCCAAACACCCGCAUUUUCAAACUCAAAUCCGCAAAAGAGGCCAAUGCCGGCGAGGCCACCGAAGAUUGCAGGGUGAUGGAUAGAGACGCUGCCAAGAAACUUCUGGCCGCCGCCAAAAUAGCCUCCAUGUCUAUGAAUAAAGCGGCAAUUGCGGCCAAGGUUGAGGCCGAGAGGCGGGCCAAGGAGGCAGCUUACACGCGGAAAAGGGCUAAAGAGGCUCUGGAGUACGUGGCCCAUCUGGUGAUGAAGGAGAAGCAAAGGAAGGAAGGGGCUGGCCCGGUUGGGCCAUCUUGUAUGAGAAUGGGCAGGGAAAUUAAUAAUGUUAAUGUUAGUUCCGGUUAUAGGAUCUGGAAUGCAGGUGGGGAUUUGGGCCAGACAGUGACUGUGGAUGGCAGAAUUGUUGUCAGCAGUGGGAAUGCAGAUAUGGCGGAUAACUCGGGCCUUCCAGUGGCGGCUGGGUUGAAAGGGAAUGAGAAAAUGAGAGGUGGGAUUUCGGGACAAGGUGUGGGGCCCGGAUUACGUGUGGUGGCCAAUCGUGUGGCAAUGGAUGUGGAUGACAAGGGGAAUAAUCGCGAAUGUGUAAAUUUCAUGAAUUCGGAGGGUGGUUCGGAGAAUGUCGAUGCUCAGGGGGAGCAAAUGGAGGAUGAGGAGGAGGAUGAUGAUGAUGAUGUCUUGGUUCAAUUUGUGGAGGAUCAAAUGCAGCACGAGGAAGAGAAUAACAAUGGCAGGGAACAUCAUACAAACGGGAUGGAGGUAUCAGAAUAA